AAGCGUCGUACGUGCUCGAACCACAAUCUAAAGAUGACCGGUCGCGGUAAAGGAGGCAAGGGAUUGGGAAAAGGAGGUGCGAAGCGCCAUAGGAAAGUACUGCGUGAUAAUAUCCAGGGUAUCACCAAACCAGCCAUUCGUCGAUUGGCUAGACGUGGUGGCGUCAAGCGAAUCUCUGGCUUGAUCUACGAAGAAACACGAGGCGUGUUAAAGGUCUUCCUUGAAAAUGUUAUUCGUGAUGCAGUUACGUACACCGAGCAUGCGAAAAGGAAGACUGUAACAGCCAUGGAUGUCGUCUACGCGCUGAAACGUCAAGGCAGAACUCUUUAUGGAUUUGGAGGUUAAUCUGUUCUCCACCGAUCAAACAUCGAUCAAAGAACGGCCCUUU